AUGUUGUCUGGCAUCCAAGAGAGGCAACUUUCGGCCCCCUGCUAUUCCUUGCUUCAGUCGCUGCCUGUGUCUAAGUCCCUAGAACCCCUCAUCUUGUACGACCGUGCUCCCCGCUUGCACAGAUUGCCAGCAGGGGGCAGCACUGAGGAGCAUGUGGGUCCUGGGUCCUAUCAGGUACCUUUCCUGAACCAGGCCACAGGUGGCUAUGCACCAUUUCUUUCUUUGAGUUCCAGGCAAAGUGCCUCCAGUCCUGCAAAAGCAGCUCCAGGUCCAGCACACUAUAAUGUUUCCCAAGCACAGUAUAAAAUAAAAAGAGGCCAUAGUCUGCAAAACCAAGAGAAACGUUUUAAGAAGCUUAUUUCAGAUAAUCCAGGACCUGCAAGCUAUGUUCAGUCUUAUCCUGGAACACUAGAUACUGUGAGCAAACAGAAAAUUUCAAGAGUACCUACAGUUUCCAAAAGCAUUGAUGUUCCUUCAAUUCCUUCUUGUGGACAGUCACAUGGUUACCACCUCAAUGAGGAUGGCAGUAUUCUAAAAUGCUCCCCUCCUGCUAGUGACAGCACAACAGGUCCAGCAUACUACAAGCCUCAAUUUGGUGCUUCCAAAGUAACUUCAAAAUACAAGGGUAUACAUUUUGGCAAUUCUACAGGAAGACAAGAAUUACUCAAAAACUCAGGCCCUGAUCCUGGGCAGUAUGAUGUCACCCGGGAAAGGACAUUACCUUAUGAAAAUAUUAACAUCAAGAAAGACCAACAGCAAACUCAUUGCACAUUUAUUCUUCGACUUUAUGAAAUAAUUGUCUUGCAGGAAGAAAAAAAAGGAGUUCCAGGGCCUGGAAAAUAUGAACUUAAAAGUCAGUUUCAGAAGAUAGAAAGUAUGACAGUGAAUGUAAAUGAUGCAUCUUCCUUUUUUCUUUCUGAAUCUGAGAGGUUUGCAAUGAUAAAAUCAACCACCCGAGCUCCUGGCACAUAUAAUGAAAUCCGAACUGCUCUCAAGCACUCAAAGAAAACAUCAGGACUGAAUUCUCCAUUUGGUCAAAGUGCUGCCCGAUUCACACAGGUCUCCAGUGCACAGGAAAUGCCAGGUCCUGGUUUUUAUGAUAUACUAAACAAAACUAUAACUGCCAAUGUUAAAAAUACUUUCUUGAAGAAACAAAAGAAAAUUGCAUUUGGUUCUUCUGUCCCUUGAAUUUUGGUUCCAAUUCAGAAAGAAGUUUCUAGUAGUCCCGGGCCUUGUGAGUAUCAGGUGGUUGGGGGAAUUCCUGAAUUACUACCUAACUUGAUUAACAGAAAUGCUGCUUUCUUGUCACGAACAGAAAGAGCUACUAAAGUACCAGAAAGGAUGAUUCCAGCACCAGGCAGCUAUGAUGUUCAAAAAUCAUAUGAUAUGUCUCAAGUUAAACAUAACUACAUGCCACCUCGUAGUUCAAUGGGAAAAAAAAAUUCCUCUUUUCUGAGUGCAGCCCCUUGGUAUGUGGGAAAAAUAGAUGAUGGACCAGGGCCCGCAGCAUACCAUCCUGUUUUAAAGAAGUCUUGUGCCAUGCCCUCAUUUGUUAGAGCAUCAAAGCGCUUUGAAGAGUCUUCCAAAGAGUUUUCUCCUGGCCCAACAACAUAUGAGUUUUGUUAA